UUUCUUCUUCUUCUUCUUUUUUUUUUCUUCUUUUUCUUUAAGGUGGGGAAAGAGACAAACAGGAGACAGGAAGCUGAUCUGCAAGGAUUCGGAGUUGUGCUAAAAGGACUUUGAUUUUUUUUUUUUCUCUCUCUCUCUCUCUCUCUCUCUCUUUACAAACGCUGGCAAUUGACAUCACUCCAGACAGCCCGGUAGAGAACAAACUGCCUCAUCCCAAGUGGACCCUAGCAGCUGGGGGAAGAAAAGCACGAUCUGGGAGGCUGUGUGUGUUUUUUUUUUUUUUUUUUUCCUCCCCCUACCCCCCCCUUUUUCUUUUUUUUUUUUUUUUUUUUUUUUUUCGUGUGUUUCUUUUUUAAAUUCUUGCCGUGUUGGAACUAGUGAGUGGUGGAAGACGAGGGAUCUCUGAAGCCUCAUCAGUCAUCGGGACUGUCAGGAAUAGUGGUUUAAGAGGAAGCUCGGCCUGGGGCACUAUACCCUGUCAUCCAGUUCCCUGCCUCGGAGAUAAAGAUUCCAGCUACAUGGGCAAACGCCUGGAUCAGCCACAAAUGUACCCCCAGUACACUUACUACUAUCCUCACUAUCUCCAAACCAAGCAGUCCUAUGCACCAGCUCCCCACCCCAUGGCUCCUCCCAGCCCCAGCACAAACAGCACCAGCAACAGCAGCGGGGAACAGUUGAGUAAAACCAACCUGUACAUCCGAGGCCUUCCACCAGGCACCACUGACCAGGACCUAAUCAAGCUGUGCCAACCGUAUGGAAAAAUUGUAUCCACAAAGGCAAUUCUGGACAAAAACACAAAUCAGUGCAAAGGUUACGGUUUUGUAGAUUUUGACAGCCCUGCAGCUGCACAGAAGGCGGUCGCAUCUCUCAAGGCAAAUGGCGUGCAGGCACAGAUGGCCAAGCAACAAGAGCAAGACCCAACAAACCUAUACAUCUCAAAUCUCCCCAUUUCUAUGGAUGAGCAGGAACUUGAAAAUAUGCUGAAACCCUUCGGACACGUCAUUUCCACAAGAAUACUAAGAGAUGCUAAUGGAGUCAGCAGAGGCGUUGGCUUUGCCAGAAUGGAGUCUACUGAAAAAUGUGAAGUGGUAAUUCAACAUUUUAAUGGAAAAUAUCUGAAAACACCACCAGGCAUCCCAGCCCCUAGUGAGCCUUUACUGUGCAAAUUCGCUGAUGGAGGACAAAAGAAGCGACAGAAUCAAAGCAAAUACACCCAGAAUGGAAGGCCUUGGCCCAGGGAAGGAGAGGCUGGCAUGGCUCUGACCUAUGAUCCCACAGCCGCCAUACAGAAUGGAUUUUAUUCUUCACCGUACAGUAUUGCAACCAACCGCAUGAUUCCACAGACAUCUAUCACGCCAUUCAUUGCUGCUUCCCCUGUCUCCACAUACCAGGUCCAGAGUACUUCAUGGAUGCCUCAUCCGCCAUACGUUAUGCAACCAACAGGUGCUGUGAUUACGCCAACAAUGGACCAUCCUAUGUCAAUGCAGCCAGCAAACAUGAUGGGUCCCCUGACACAACAGAUGAAUCAUCUUUCAUUGGGCACAACAGGAACGAUUCAGUCCCAAGACAGGAUUAUGAUACUCCACCAGCUGUUGUGUCAGUAUAUGACUGCUGCCGCGCCUAUGCAAGGGACCUACCUUCCCCAGUACACGCCUGUGCCUCCGACAGCUGUUUCUAUUGAAGGUGUUGUUGCUGAUACCUCUCCCCAGACAGUGGCACCUUCAUCCCAGGACACCAGUGGUCAGCAGCAACAGAUAGCAGUGGACACAUCCAACGAACAUGCACCUGCAUAUUCUUACCAACAGUCUAAACCAUAAACAAGACUGAAGAAUGUCCGUCUGAAACUUUGCCUUGAACGAAGAAACUUCAUUGAACAGGAAGUUGGCUUCCAGUUUGCACAGGCGUCGAUGGAAUGCUUUUUUUUUUUUUUUUAAUUUUCUACUAUACCCAGUGAAAACAAAGUGUUUUUAUGUGCUGUGCAAAUGGUUCCUUCAUGUGGUCUGACAGUUUACUUUCACCAUCGUUUUUUUUUAAAGAAAAAAUCCCAGAAGAGGAAACAAACAAACAAAAACCAACAACAAAACAAAACACAGAAAGUUGACAUUAUAUUUGGAAGAACAUUUGAAUUCAGAAUUUACCAGAAGAUGUAGACAGAUUUUUUUUUUUUUUUUUAACAGAAAAUCAGAUGUCAAGAGGUGGGCAAAGCAGAAAUGGAAACAAAUUGUCUUCCUCAGUAAUUAAGCUACUCUUUCUUUUCCCCCCUUUGUUUAAAUCUAGUGGGUUGUUUUUUAUUUUAUUUUUUUCUUAGAAAUACUUAGGUAAGGUUUAUCUUGAAUCUUAAUUGCCUUAAUUUUAAGGACGUCAAAGGCUCUCGAGGCAAGCUGUCAACGUCUUGUUAAAAAAAAUUCAAGAAAGAAUUGAAAUAUUGUGCCGGCUUUAACUGGUACAGAAGUUUAAGACUAUGAGUUUUUAGGGUGAAAAAAAAAACUGUACAGUUUAAAAGAAAAUGUUUUUUCUUCAUUUGAAGAAAAUUUGUUGAUAAAAGAAACCAUGGCAACUGCAAGAAUUGGGAAAAUGCUGGGACUUUUCAUGAACUUUGUCUUAAGUGUUGAAUCAUUCUAGAAGGCUAAAACAUUUUACGGUAAAGUUAUUAAUGUUGGUUUAAAAACAACUGCAUUAGAAAUAAUGCGUGUUUGGGGGCAGAAUGCAGAUUUUUUUUAUUUACGAAGCGUGAUCGCUAGCAAAAGCAUUAGUGCUUUUUAUCUGCAGUCUUUUUUAUGAGCUUUACAAAGUUUUUAGUCAGCUUUGCUUGUCACAUUGCAAAACCUAGCUUAAGAGCAUUAAAAAAAAAAACUUAAGUAGAUAGGAGCUUAUGGUCAAAAAGUGCAAAAAAAAAAAAAGCAAUAGAUAGAGAAAUUGUUGACAAUUUCUGUAGUCUUUCCUAGUUGUGAUCAAAUUCAGCCUAUGGAUGGCCUAUUUUAUACCAAAGAUGAAGUGGCACCCUAUUGCAGUCCAGAAGAUAGAGGUUGUUUUCCUUUUCUUCUCCUUUCUUUUUAAGAAUUUUAUUUGACCUACAUGGCCGGACCAGUUCUUACUUUGUUGUUUGUUUAAACUACCUUCCACUGGUGUUUUAUAUACUGCAAAACAGAGCAAAACAAAAGGUGUUUUUUUUUUUGUUUUUGUUUCUGUUUCUGUUUUUGUUUUCUUGCUAAUGUGCAUUUGUUGAUAGCUCGCACCUGCUGUGUUCAGCAGUUUCAGCAUGAAGAGUUCUGGAUACCAACUGACAGAGCCAAACGGCUUUAUAUUCAUUCCGUGAGCUUUUCUGGUUCCUUACUAGCUCUCUUGAAUAGUGACACCUGUAUUGAUGGCCACCAAUAAGUUGAGACACUUGCUUAACAGGUUGAAAUUCCUUUCUGUGAACUUUGAACUAAAGGUCCUUCCCGAACUGGUCUGAAAGGUCACUUGUCAAAAAAAGGCUUAGAUAUUCUGUUAAGUGAUGAGUGGUCUCCUGAAAAGGUCUCAUUGUAUUUGUAACAAUAGUCUUCCUUCUCAAGUCCAACGCCUCUAGGUUUUGUCUUCUCACCUCAGUCUUUGUUCAUCUGCCAUGAACAGCCACCUUUUGCCUCCUGUCAUUGUAUUCUCAUACCCUGGUGUUGUCGGAAGAAGGACAAAAAUAGACCUUUUUGUUUCAGUUUAACUCUGAGACAAGUAGGACCAAUCAGAUUGAAGAUUCUGUUAGUGGAAGUUAGGUAAGCUUUUAAAAUGCUAGUUGACAAUCAAGAAAUUAUAUGAUUUAUAUUGAUAAGAACCAAAAGAAUUAGGUUUGCUCAAUCUUUAAGCCAAAGGAGAUAUAUUUGCAUUGAGAAUGAUGCAAAACUUUGUCUAAAAUGAAUUAGAUUGACUUAACAAACAUCUCUGUGUAUUUGACUCAUGGAAUCCAUGUUCAACCUGUAUAGUUUUACCUGAAACUAAGACCGAUGGAACUUGGUUGAAUUAUGCACAGAGUUGCUUUCUGAAGGGAUCAUUGGAAUUAGAUAGGUGAAAGUCUUUUCACAAACUAAGUCGGGGGAACCUGUCUUAGUCCAGAAGGAAGAGGGAAAUGCAUUAAGUGCACU